AUGGAGUAUGUAAAGUCAACAGGAUGCUAUCAGCCUCUAACUUCUGACCAUACUCCAGUCUCUUCUCUUGCUGAAGAUGUGGCUUUUGCUGAUAUUACGAAAGUCAGCUCUGAAGAAUUUGCAAAACAAAUCACUUUGAUAGAACUUUCAUACUUCAAAGCCAUACAUAGAGAGGAGUUCGCAAGUCUAAAAUGGAAUGGCAGGGAAAAACACUUGUGCGCCCCGAAUAUCGUUGCUUCAACUAGAUGGUUUAAUCAAAUUAAUUUCUGGGUUCAAAAAGAAAUCUUGAAGUACUCAUGUGUUUCAAAGAGAACUGAGAUGUUGUCAUUUUUUAUCAAAAUUUCCAAAAAACUCGUGGAAUUCAAUAAUCUGUAUUCUGCCAUGUCAAUCAUAUCUGCUCUACAAGUGGAAUGCAUUUAUCGUUUGAGGCACACAUGGGCUGGUCUUGGAAACAAAGAUCGUGCAGCGUACAGGCGUUUGGAGGAGCUUUUUAGUCAGAAUGAUAAUUGUCGCAGACAGCGUGAACAUAUGAAUUCUAUCAGUCUUCCUGGUAUCCCUUAUCUAGGUUUAUAUUUAUCUGAUUUAACGUAUACGAAUGUGGCUCAACCACGUAUAAAUGGAAAACCAACUGCCAUAUGGUUCUCAAAAAUCAACUCGAUUAUUGAUAAAAUAGCAUAUUUUCAACAAUCUGAAUACUCCUUUGCUGUGGAUGAAACACUCAACGCUUAUCUAUGUGCUCAACGCUAUAUAGAAGAGUUACAGAAGUUUUUAGAAGAAGAUAAUUAUAAAACUUCGCUUAUUUUAGAACCUCCUCCUACAUUACCGACACCAUCCUUGUCAUAUUUACCACAGAAAAUGUACGGAACAACUUCCUCAACUAUCUCUAGUCCCAAUAAUAGCAAUUUAGACAGCAGUAAUAUUUUAAAGAAUCAAAAUAGUUCAUCAACAAGCGCAUGUCAUUCAAACAAUACUGGGUUAACAUUUGACGGUUGGAAUAGUGGAUUUGGAUUCCGGUCACCGUCAAAGCUGUCAAAUUUCGUUCAUAAUACAAAAAAUGCUCAUCAAAAUCACAGUCGUCAUGGAUCUAAUGUCUCAUGUAAAGGUGCGACAGUUAAUUCUAGUUUCGAAGCAGAUCUAUUACCUACACUGAUGACGAAACACAUUACACAUUCAAAUGAUCAUAUAAACGAUUCCAUACAAGUAUCCAAUUCAAACAAAUUAUUGGAAUGCAAAUACGAUCAACCCCAAUCUAUACGUAAAGUAUCUUGGGAACAAACUGAAGGUAUUAAUAAAGACGAGACAUCUCAAGCACAACAUCUACGGAGAGAAUUCUCCACAUUACCUAGACCUAAAAAUCCCCUAAAUGUGACGGAUUCCGAUUUCCUAUGCACUUCAGAGCCUCAGUCUACUACUCAAGAAUUGGAGUUUCUUUUUCCUGAUUGUAAAAGUUCACAGUUGCCUCCAAUUCCACCAAGACCAUUUGUUGAUUUUGAACAAACAAAACAUUCUACUCUUAGUCGAUCGGAAUUAAAUCCCAGUCAAUCACUCGUAACAACUGACCAAUGUGCCCGUCCAAAGUUAUUAUCUACAAAUUAUUGUAAAUCGUUUUCUGUUAGUGGAUCACUUCCUGUUAGCGAUGUUUCACAAUCAAAUAUACCAGCUACAUCAUCAGUCACUAAUCUUUUGUCAGAAUUCAGUUUAUGUUCUAUGAAUGAUGUAUUUGAUUCGUCAGCUGUUGCUGUAGCCGCAUGUGCAACUUCUUUAGGUGCUGUAGAUGUUUCAUGUACCACACCGCCGCCGUCGUUGUCGUCGUCAUCUGUGGCGGCUAUAGAUCCUAGCUGCAGUAAGCUUGACGAUGUACCAUCAUCAGAUAAAUCUUUUCAACGGCAUUUGUCAAUACUUGCUACAUCAACUCCGCCAGGGUCACCAAAUGUCAAACAGAAUUCAUCAACUACUGAGGCACACGUCAACAACAGUUCGUGCAUUUCUUCCUCGUCAGUAGUCCCCAACUAUUUUGGUGUUAGAGUUGUGUGUCAAGGUGUUGUCCAACGUCGAACUGUUUACCGUUUCACACCAACAACAAAUACCAACCAAAGUAUUGACACAGUUUGUUCAAAUAGUCCUAUGUUUACAUCAUCAGUGCAUGCUUCUAAUUCUUCUCUAUCUGGUUCUUCAGUGAUUGUCUCAGGAUCAACAGCUACAAAACAAAUGUUUCACAAUCCAUCCUCUACGUGUCGACCAUCUGGAUUCUCUAAAUGGCGUCGUUUGUGGGCUACUUUGGUUAUGGUAGGUGAUGGUCUCACUGCCUACAUGAUUUAUUUUGAACCAAAAGUAAAGAAUGCAGUCUACCGCAAUCAGUUUCAGGCUCAUCAGUGCCAAAUCCAUUGUCUGUUCGGUCCUCCUGCACUUAAUGCUUUCAAUUGUCAGAGCAAAAGAAAUGAUGUUAAAAAACUACAAAAUCCAACUGAUGACUCGGCGGAAGUAGACGUAGCUGAGGUUUCUGAGCUUCUAACCGAAUCAGACUGUAAAUCCGAGAUCUGUGCUAAUAUUCGUCUUAAAACGUCUUGUGACCUUCCGAAUCCCAACUUAUUAUUCACUGCCGCAAAAGCAGAACCUGGUAAACAUCGAAAUGGUAUUUUAGACCCAGACUCCUUUUUGCUGACUGACUUUAUUCUUGGCAAAACCUAUCGCUUUCGACCAAUGGCUUUUCCCACAGAAAGCUCUACAACCAAUACUUUCCCAAAACCUGACUCUAUUCGUUCCAGUGGAGCAUUAAAUUGGUUUCUUCGUAGUGGCUUACAACAUCCUCAUGCUUGCUCUAGAGUACCUCAGUCCUCUGGACAAUCAUUUUCGCCAGAAGUAAAUAGCUCUGGUCGUACACGUGGCCUAUCGGCUCCGGGAUCAUUUAUUCAUCCCUAUUUUGGUUCUCGUUCUUCUGUUAAGAAAGGCAAGAAAACAGCUAUAACUGAACUUGGAGACUUAUCUACACUUGAAUGUUUAUCGACCAACGAGAAUGUUGAUCUAUGGCUAAGAUGUAUUCAAUCUGUAAUGGGACAAAUAUAUAAAGCAUAUCUACGCCAAAUCGUAUCGCCGCACUGUACGACUCAAUCAAAAACCACAGAUUGAACAAAUGUUAUUUAAUAAUUCAUGAAUGUGCUUGUCGAUAGUUUUGGUCGUAACAGUUAUUUGUUUGCAUUUCACUGUGCUUAUUUAGUCACGCUCGCCUAACAUUUUUUUAAAAAUUUC